AUGGCAAACGCCACACGGGCUGCCCGAGUUGCGCCGGGCGUGGCGGGAGCCGGGGAAUGCUAUGUGGGUAGGAAGUCGGCGGUAUGCCGCCGAAAAAUCUCGCCCCGCCAUCCGGGGGUGGGACUCAAGCCUGCCCCGACCCCCGCGUGCAGGCGGGUGGCGGCCCGGCAGCCUUGUCCGGUGGCUCCCGCGGUGUCCGUCGCCCAGGGGGGCUACAGCUCGCCAGGGCGCCCCCAUUUAACGGUCGUCCAAAGCCCCGGGCGGUCGCCCGACCCCCGCCCGCACGUCGGACCACCCGGCCCCCCGGCGCCCUGCCAAGCAUUCCCCGGCUGGGUGCGAUCCAACACCGGCCCUGCGUGGCCCCCUCCCCCCGCUUGGUGUGCGCACUCGUCGAAAGCCCAGCGACUGAAGCCGCCCGCCCCACAGGCCCCAGGGCUGCCCGGCGUCGCCGCGUACCACCCAGAUAGGGCGCAUCUCCCCCGUCGCCCCGUGCGCCUACCGGCGCUUGUCCAGAAGCCCUUCAUAGUACGCCAAUGGCAGCCUCGCCCAGCUCAGUUGACGGCGCCCGCCGCCCCACCCAACUCGCGACCGCCCGGCGACCGUCCAUGCCCACCCAAGCCGCGACAAUGCCCCACAGUGCAGACGGGACGACGCCCCUGGCCACUGCCCACCCAGUUCCUGCUGCGGCGCGGCACGUUCGAAUGCCCACCCCCUCUCAGGCCCCUCGGCAUGGCCUGUCUCAAGCUGUCUGGUCUCUCGGGCCCCACCGCACGCGUUACCGACGAUGGACUCCCCGCCCGCCCCGUCCCUAUCCCCCCCGUGUGCGCCUCCCGGGGCGCUGUCCCCCCCCGCGUCGUCACUGUCCGCCACGCGGCCCCAGAAGGGUAUUCCGCCCCUGAACCGCCCCGGGAAUCGGGAGCACUGGGAUCGGCUGGUGACCGGUGCUUCGCCAAUCCCACCAAGAAACCCACUGCUGCUCCGCCUAACGCCCUCUUCAGUGCGUCGUCGGCCACUGGCCUGACGUACUUUCCACCCGCCGCCUGUCACCCCGCAUGCCGCACUCUACCGGCGGAUCCCUCGUAA